UUUCUUCCUCUACCUUCAGUUGCCUCAAAACAUAUCUAUGGAAGAGGAUCACUCUAGCAGUACCAAUAGUGACAGAAGCCGUCAUGACGAGGGAUCUGCCAAUGCUGUGCGAACGAGGACUGGCACACCUGUCAAAAAUGUACGCCCGAACAGUGUGCGAUCAGAUGGGGGUCUUACACCGCUACCAGAUGAUGACGAUGCUCCAACUAUAAUACGCUCGUCUAGUCCAACGUCUCCUGUACCGUCGAGUUUUAAUCGAACUCCAACCGCUCUCUUGCUGCAAUCAAAUUUCGACGAAGAGGGCCAGGCAUAUACAAAGAGUUUCCAUGAAGCUUGCACGGACUUCCAAGAUAUGCAGCAGCCUGAGGGCGCAGUUCCCGAAUCUUCACCGGAAGAAGAGUCAGCAUUCCCACUGAGCGACACCGACGCAAAAAUUCAGCAAGGCCUUCAACGUAUUCGCGAGCUCGACGCCUUGCUACGACAAAAGAAUAUGCUGGCACGAGCGUUGACGAAAGAACGUUUGUCCCGCGAAUCCAGCGCGGCACCGCGGACAAAAUCCGGACCACAAGAAAAUACUCCAGCUGCAGAUUCCUCUGAUGAUGACGAUGAGGAGCUUGAGCUUAAAAGUGUCCACUCGAUGGAAACCAGAACGUUCAUAACGGAACCCAAACUUGGUGCGCGAGCCAAAAUUGGGAUCCAAGCGUUACGAGAUGGUGGGGCCAAUGAGGCUGCUGGGAGCGCCGAAGAACCCCAGGGUCCAGUUCCACCGAAGAAAAAGGGAUACAAGCAGGGCGACUUUAUCCAACGUAAUAUUGUGCUAGGACCCGAAGCACGGUAUUACAGCGCAAUGACAGAAGAGGAAAAGGACCGGGUUGAGAAGAUCCUCAACACGGAGGAUACAGAGGAAGACGCCCCGGAUAAUGUAUCAGUUCUUACUGAUCAUUCCAAGCCCAGUGUUUUCCACUUUACGCGACCCGCUACCGCAAACACCGCCUUCUUUCCCGACACAGACGAGUUCGAGCAGUUGGUAGAAAUUGACAGAAAAUUACAGCUCAUCAUUCCCGAGCCCGAAUGGGAAACAAAAUCAAUAGUUUGGUCAACACCCGCUUCGACAAAUGCAUCGGGGGCCCAAACACCAAUGCCUGGUCGGUUUUCCCGUCAAAGCUUUUCCUCAUGCAGUGUUAGCAUACGUGACAUAACCGCGGUGAUGCACGACGCAGAUAAUGCAAAACCGGCAGAGGUUUUGCUCAAAGAUGAGCAGAAGCAAUUGAAAGAGAUCGAUGAAAAGCUUGAGGCGCUAAGGGAGGGAGAGGCAAGGCCGAUAAGUCGAGAAGAUUUAGAUCGGCUAUUGUAUGAAUGCAUGCGCUUCGAAGCAGAACUGAAAAGCCGCCAGUCAUCGACCUGGGAUGUCGAAUCUAUAUCUACUGUGUCGCGAUGUUCAUCUCCCCCCUUUGUGAAUCAGUUUUGCUGAAAGCCCUGCUGGUUACAGAUGCUAUGUGUCGAAGUUGUUACAAAGACAUCCUAUAUACCCCAUUGUAGCUAUAAAUUUAGUUGUAAACAAUCAGAGAAGAUGAUAGACAGGGUACAGUGAAUGCAAGCUGCUUAAAAAGUGA